AUGGCGAGAAAGACACUUGUGCUAUGCUUUAUCCACGGCUUCCGAGGUGGCAACCUUACAUUCGGGGAUAACUACAGGUUCACGGAACACCUGCGGGACAUGGUGGCCAAGGAGCUGCCGAAAAUCGACGUCAAGGUGCUGGUCUAUCCCAAGUACGAGACGCGCGGCGACCUGGGCGAAUGCGUGAUGCGCUUCCGCACAUGGUUGGAGGAAAAGGUCAUCGACAUGGAGGUGGCGGCGGGCACGCCGUCGCCGACCAUCGACCCGUCGGUGCGCACGGUGCUCGUCGGGCACUCGAUGGGCGGCAUCAUGGCCGUCGAGUCGGUGCUGGGCAUCGCCUCGGAGCGGCCCAUCUACUCCGAGGACGGCAUCCAGAAGCCCGACGAGGACGAUGACGGCGCCGCCGCGCUCCCCGACUUCAGUAGGAUGCCGUUCCCCUACGUCCAGGGCGUGCUCGCCUUCGACACGCCCUUCCUGGGCAUCUCGCCCGGCGUGGUGGCGCACGGCGCCGAGGGCCACUACCAGGCGGCCUCGGCGACGCUGGCGCAGCUGAGCGGCCUCGGCGCGAGCCUCUGGGGCGCCAACCAGGCGACGACGAAGACGCGGUCGGUCGCCACCACCGCGGAAGGGGGCGGCGGCCGCGGCGGGUGGGCGGCGUGGGGCAAGGUGGCGGUGGUGGCCGGCGCGGCCGGGGCCGUGGCCGCGGGGGGCGCGGCGGCGUGGCUCAACCGCGCGCAGAUCGGGCAGGGCCUGUCGUCGGUGACGUCGCACCUCGAGUUCGUGGGGUGCCUGGCGCGCGCGGAGGAGUUGCGGAAGCGCGUGCGGUGCAUGGUGCGGCUGGCGGGGGAGAUGGACCUGGGCUUCGCAAACCUAUACACGCGGCUGGGGCGGGCGGCGGCGCCGAAGCAGACGAGCGUCGUCGGGACGGUCAUGGGCAAGGACCGCACCUUUUGCAACUUGCCGGGCGGCGGGGUGCCGGCGGGGGAGUGGCGGCCGGCGAUCAACGACAAGGCGACGGACGAGAUCGGAGCGCACACAGCCAUGUUCGAGGAGGACGAGAACCCGGCCUACGACGCGCUCUUGAUUGAUGCGGCGGCGUGUAUUACAAAGUGGCUACAUAAUGAUUGGUACGAGAGCAGUACGGAAGAGAUACCCAAGCCCAGUGAGGCGGCGACUUCGGCAUAG